GUCAAACAUGCAAUGCCGUCCUAUUUUAAUUUACCACCACUGGAUGUUUCUAUGGCAUUUCCACAAGCAACUCCAGCAUCUGCAUUUCCUCCUUGCAGUACUCUCAAAACUAGAAGCUUAGGGAAAAAUAUACUUAUUUAAAGGGGGCAAACCGGAGCAGUGGUAAAACUGUUCCUUCAUGUCUGAAAGGUCAUGGGUUCGAAUCCAGGAAACAGCCUCUUUGCAAUUAUGUAAGGGUAAGGCUGCGUACAAAGAUUUCCUCCACCCCACACUCACUAGUCGGGUUUAACGGGGAGUGUUUUUUUUUUUUUUUUUUAGUUUUUACAAAUCAUAUAUUAUUCCACUCUGGUAGUAUGGCUCAUAGGCCAGAUAUAGUUCAGGUGCUGAGAGGCAGAGCCCCCUGCCCACUCUGGAAGUAAUAACUUUGUUGUCUAUUUGCCUUGACAUUUAAAUUUUACCAUACUGAAAAAUUAAAUGUCUAUUUUAUUCAUUUGGAACAUUGCACAAACUACUCUCUCUCUCUCUCAUACACACACACACACACACACUCACACACAAUUUUGCAUACAUUCAGUAUCUAAUAAUCUCUGGAUACAAUUAUGUGUUUAGUACUUCUUAAAUAUGAAAUAGGAUUUAUCUCACUUUCUUUGGCUAUCCUGCAAUAGGCCUCUUCAAUACCAGGCAUGCCUAGGCUGAGCCCGAGCUUAAAGUCAUUUAUUUCACUAUUUCUUUUGUUUUUGAAUAGAUACAUUUUGAUCAUAUUAAUACAUAUCAACUAUAUUGUGGUUCCAUGAGUUUCCUGCUUUGCAGAGUGCUCUCCCAAAUGCUUUUCUUGUCACCAAUUUCUUCUAUUAAUUAGGAGUUCUAUUUAGACAACAAAUCCAUGCUAAUUUUCGUUCUUUCUCAUUCGUAAACUCUAAAUGUGGGUUUUGGGGUACUUGCCCAAUUAGGCCUUUAACUUAAGUUUGUCCUUUUUCUUCCCUCAUCUUAUAGUCUCCCCUCCAAGCUAAAAUUACCAUGUUGAUUGUCUUUGUUCUUGGAAAGUGAAAAGGUUGGAUGUAAUUAUCUGAGGCUUUAUAAGUUUUGAUUUACAUUCUAAUUUCUAAAAUAUGUUUUUUUUCCCUUCCUAAUUCUUUAAUUUCCUUUUUCUUCCAUAUUGCAUGACUUGGCAAGUUGAUUUUUGUAUAAAUGUUGACUGAAACAAGAUAUGGUUCAGGAAUUCACUUCUAUUUUUAUCUGUCUUGAUGUUUGAAAAGUACAGCUUCAGAUUAUUUUCAAUCCGAUGACUUAUUGACACCAGAGGAGCAGGCCAUUAGGAAGAAAGUAAGAGAGUGUAUGGAAAAAGAAAUUGCUCCAAUAAUGACUGAGUAUUGGGAGAAGGCCAAGUUCCCAUUUCAUGUUAUUCCAAAGCUUGGUGCAUUGCGUAUUGCAGGUGGCACAAUCAAGGGUUAUGGUUGUCCUGGUCAUUCUGUAACUGGAAGUGCUAUAGCUAUCGCAGAAGUUGCAAGAGUUGAUGCAAGCUGUUCAACUUUUAUUUUGGUCCAUUCAUCCUUGGCAAUGCUCACUAUUGCAUUGUGUGGAUCAGAAGCUCAAAAGCAAAAGUAUCUGCCUUCUUUGGCAAAGUUACAAACUAUAGCAUGUUGGGCUUUGACUGAGCCUGACUAUGGCAGUGAUGCCAGUGCUUUGAAGACCACCGCAACGAAGGUGGAAGGAGGUUGGAUCCUGGAAGGCCAAAAGCGGUGGAUAGGAAACAGUACAUUUGCUGACCUGUUGGUUAUCUUUGCUAGGAAUACGACAACAAAUCAGAUAAAUGGAUAUAUUGUAAAAAAGGAUGCACUUGGAUUAACAGUGACAAAAAUAGAGAAUAAAAUUGGACUGAGGAUCGUACAAAAUGGAGACAUAGUCAUGAGAAAAGUUUUUGUCCCUGAUGAGGACAGAAUAGCAGGAGUCAACUCUUUUCAAGACACAAACAAGGUACUUGCAGUUUCACGUGUAAUGGUUGCUUGGCAACCUAUUGGCAUAUCGAUGGGCAUCUAUGAUAUGUGUCAUAGGUAUCUAAAGGAGAGGAAACAAUUUGGAGCACCACUAGCUGCUUUUCAAAUCAACCAACAGAAACUUGUCCAGAUGCUCGGUAAUAUUCAAGCUAUGAUUCUUGUUGGUUGGCGCCUAUGCAAAUUGUAUGAGAGUGGAAAAAUGACUCCAGGUCAUGCUAGCUCGGGGAAGUCAUGGAUCACCUUGAGAGCAAGAGAAACAGCUGCUUUGGGGAGAGAAUUGCUGGGUGGCAAUGGAAUUUUGGCUGAUUUUCUUGUGGCAAAGGCAUUCUGUGAUUUAGAACCUAUUUAUACCUACGAAGGCACGUAUGACAUCAACACCUUGGUUACAGGUAGGGAAGUUACUGGUUUUGCCAGCUUUAAGCCGGUUGCCCAAAGAAGUCGAUUGUGAAAGUGUAAAACGGUGUUCGUUUAAUAAACUCCAUCAGUCAACUUCAAUGUAUGGCGUGAUAACUGUGUAUUUGUUAAUGUUUUGUAAUUGAGAAACAAGAAGCAUUCAAUAAUGAUACAGAUGUUUUCGUAGAUGACUGCAUAAUGAGAUGAAAAAUUAGAAUCAUGGAUAUUCUUCACGUCUACAUCUGCUAUUUGUUGAGGACAUUGCUCUGGAGAAUAGGCCGCUGGUAACUGCUACAUUUACAUGUUCAGAACUGCUGUUUUGGCAUUGUCAUUCUGCUGGUCUUAAUGUGUGAUUUAGGAGUGCAAUUCGGAUAGGCCAUGCUUUCCCAUAAAAGGUCUAACUUUU